AUGGAUGCAACUGUUGAAUUUCCGCAAUCAUUUGUCCGACCAUGGAAGGAACUACUCCAAUCGCGACGCGACGAGCAACAGGAUGAUUUCCCAAGCUACUACGUCAACAAUGUCGACUCCCUUAUUACGACAAGCUCGCCUAAGUCGUUAUACGUUGGAACGGGCCACUCCAUUUACACGCGCGCUCUUCUACCAGCUAUUCUGAGCGCCAAACAUAGCGUCCAACUUAUUACAUGCUACUGGGCUGCGUCUCCCUCCCUUGAUGCCAUUCGUGACACAAUCGAGAAGCUUGCGACAGCGCGUAUUGAGUCCAAUGUCCAAACCCGUCUACGAAUUACGAUAGGCUUCUCAUCCUUUGGGCUAUUUCAGAAGCUUUUGCACCCUGCGUCUCGAGAUGGUUACGUCUAUGAGCCCUCGAAAUGGUCCAAACUGGGUCUUCCGGAUCAGCAAUUACUCGAGAAUGCCGGCAUCGACCUCACCGUCAAGAGUAUCUUCUUCACGCCUCUAAGUGUUAUGCACCCCAAGUUUGUCAUCGUCGAUGGGAAAAGGGCUUGGAUCCCAAGCUGUAAUGUUAGCUGGGAGCGAUGGUUCGAAGGUUGUGUGGAGGUUGAGGGCGCCAUCGUGGAUCGACUUUUGGCCUUUUAUGACCGUGUUUGGGCACAAGGUGAUGAGCCUCAACGAAUAUCAGACGUUCAGAACGAUUCACAAACAGGGACUGAGGCGUCGCCCCGACUACCUGCCAGCGCCGAAGCUUCAGCAACACAAGCGAUUGCCUUCCCUGCUGAAGGCCCUGUCCCGACCAUCUUUCUACCUUCACCACAUCAUCGCAACCCCAAAUUCUCCUUCUUCCCCUUCUUGUCACAGAAGGACCCUCCAAUGACUCCUCUCAACGCAGCGCUUCUCACACUAUUCGCCAACGCUCAGCGACGAAUUAUUAUCCUUACCCCCAACGUCACCUCAUGGCCUGUUGUCGACAGCCUGUUAGAUGCGCUUGCUCGUGGAGUUGAUGUUCAGAUCAGGACAAGCAAGGGAAUGAUGUUAAUCGAGCAACUGGUUACUGCGGGUACUACAACAUCGUGGUGUUUGAACAAGUUCAUCCAGAGAUACAACGCUCUCGUCAAUCAGCCGCGACCCUCGGACCCAGAAGCACAAGCACAGACGCCUGGCAAGUUGGAGAUCUUUUACUACAAACAGCUUGACGCUAGACGUGACGAAGAAGACGAGCCGGUCGUGAGCCACUUCAAGAUGACUCUCGUGGAUGAUGAGUAUCUGGUACUGGGUUCCGGAAACAUGGACAGAGCAACACCUCUGGAACGACGUCCUCGAGAAGCGCGCCGAGGUCUUGUUCCAAUCGGAUCACCCUAA